AUGUUUGAGACUCCGGAGAAAGUGUUUGUAGUGAUGGAGAAGCUGCACGGGGACAUGCUGGAGAUGAUUCUCUCCAGUGAGAAAGGCAGACUGCCUGAGAGGCUCACCAAGUUCCUCAUCACACAGGUGAGUAUUUGCCCGAGCUGAAAGACAGGACUGUUUGAGCGAGUAGAUUUACGCUGUAACACAAACAGUAUCUUUGUUGUUGUGGUACGCCACUGAGUACCGUUAGUCACAUACUGCUGUGUCAGGAACUAGGGAAGUGAGAUUUUGCUAUCGCUAAAUGCAUAUAAAGUGCAUCAUCAUGUCUGGUUGAAAAUGUGUAACCAGUAUUUUUUUUCAUAUUCUUUUUCUGUGGUUGUGUUUGUGCAUGUGCGCACAUCUGUGUGUAGAUCCUUGCAGCUCUGAGGCAUCUGCACUUUAAAAACAUCGUACAUUGUGACCUGAAACCCGAGAAUGUGCUGCUCGCCUCUGCAGAUCCUUCCCCUCAGGUACAGACACACACACACACACACACACACACUUAAAUGAGGACCAAAUAACACAUGCACACGCACACUGAAACCCAUACUCGUUCUCAUAUGCAGCAGUUAUGGUGACCAGACUCUUUAAUGAGCCAUUCAAAGCCGUCAGACACCCCAGACAUCUAUAUUCUUAAUAUCUAGGGUGUUACAUCACUUCCUGUCCUCAUAUUCCUAUUGCAACAACCUGACUUUCUGCUCUUCUGUCUCAGGUGAAGUUGUGCGACUUUGGUUUUGCUCGCAUCAUCGGUGAAAAGUCUUUCCGCCGCUCUGUAGUCUGGACCCCGGCUUAUUUGGCACCUGAGGUUCUGCGCAACCAGGGCUACAACCGCUCUCUGGAUAUGUGGUCAGUUGGUGUCAUCAUGUAUGUCAGCCUGAGCGGGACUUUCCCAUUUAAUGAGGACUAA